AUGACCAGCCCCUCCAGGAGUAUCGACCACGUCUACGAGAGCCCGGCUCACAAGCCAGAGACGCCCAGGUACCGCAGCUGGAGCAGCUUCCGCUUCUCACGAUGGAGAAGUGGCUCCCAGAGGACCACCCCCCCUGGCACCCCUUCCCCAAAGGUAGACAAGAAGGGCGAUGUGAGCAACACUCUCUUCACCCUGGUCAAGACCCACAAUGAAGACUACACGGCCGACCCCGAUGGCCUGGAGGACACCAACGAUGAGGGGGACGGAGGCAGCGAGGUGCUCCCGCAGGUCGAGUACAAUUACUUCCAGAAGCAGUUUGGCUCCUUGCUGCAGCCCGGGGUCAACAAGUUCUCCCUGCGCAUGUUUGGCAGCCAUAAGGGUGUCGCUGCAGAGCAGGCCAGGGUCCAGAGCUUCGGCGUGUGGAUCAUCCACCCCUACAGUAACUUCAGGUUCUCCUGGGACAUCGUGAUGCUCCUGCUGAUGAUGAGUAAUCUGGUGAUUCUACCGUGGGGAAUCACCUUCUUUGAGGACCAGAACACCCCCCCCUGGAUCACCUUUAACGUCCUGUCUGACACUCUCUUCCUCAUGGACUUGGUUUUCAACUUCCGCACCGGCAUCCUGGAAGGGGACAGCCACGUCAUCCUGGACCCCAAAGAGAUCCGCAGGCACUACCUCCGCACAUGGUUCAUGGUGGACUUCAUCUCCUCCAUCCCCGUCGACUACAUCUUCCUCAUCGUCGACCUGGAGUCCCGGCACGACUCGUCUGACGUGUACCGCACUGCCCGCGCACUACGGAUCGUGCGCUUCACCAAGAUCCUGAGUCUGCUGCGUCUUCUGCGACUGUCUCGCCUCAUCCGGUACAUUCACCAGUGGGAAGAGCUUUUCCAUAUGACGUAUGACCUGGCCAGUGCAGUGGUGCGCAUAGUGAACUUGAUUGGCAUGAUGCUGCUGUUGUGUCACUGGGAUGGCUGCUUGACCUUCAUGGUGCCGAUGCUGCAGGACUUUCCUCCAGACUGCUGGGUAGCCAAGAACAACAUGGUGAAUGCUACAUGGCACACACAGUACUCCUACUCCCUGUUUAUGGCCAUGAGUCACAUGCUGUGUAUAGGAUACGGCGCCCACCCUCCGGAGGGCCUGAGCGAUGUGUGGCUCACCAUGGUCAGCAUGGUUGUGGGGGCCACCUGCUACGCCUUGUUCCUCGGACACGCCACGACCCUGGUUCAGUCUUUGGAUGCGUCACAUCGUCAGUAUCAAGAGAAGUAUAAGCAAGUGGAGCAGUACAUGUCGUUCCAUAAACUGCCAGCGGACGUGAGGCAGAGGAUCCAUGAUUAUUACGAGCAGCGAUUCCAGGGCAAGAUGUUUGACGAGGACAGCAUCCUCGGAGAGCUCAGUGAUCCGCUCAAGGAGGAGAUAGUCAGCUAUAACUGCCGUGGGCUGGUGGCCAACAUGCCGCUGUUUGCCAACACUGACCCUCAUUUUGUGACAGUGAUCCUGACCAAGCUGCGUUUUGAGGUCUUCCAACCUGCAGACUUGAUCAUACGAGAAGGGACCCUGGGUCGGAAAAUGUACUUCAUCCAGCACGGCGCCGUCACUGUCCUCCCGCGUGGCAGCAAGGAGAUUAUGCUCAGCGAUGGAGCCUACUUUGGGGAGAUCUGCCUUCUCACCCAGGGCCGACGCACAGCCAGCGUGAGGGCCGACACAUACUGCCGUCUUUACUCCCUGAGCGUGGAGAGUUUCAACGAGGUGCUGGAGGAACAUCCUCUGAUGAGGAGGGCCUUCGAGAGCGUAGCUGUCGACCGACUGGGGCGAGUCUCCCGCAGACCCAGUUACCAGCCUCCCCCAGCAGAAUGA